UAAAAAUGAAGCUUGAAAAUCUUGAAAAGAGUUCAAUUACAGAUAUCAACUAUUACUUGUCGAAGUUUUAUAAAGUUAUAUGGAUACCUCUGCAUCUCUUGAUAUUUUACCUGGUCGCAUAUCACCUAUACAUGUAUGCACAUCUAUGGAUGGAGUUUAGCGAGAAGGAACAAGGAAGAACUCUACUAGCAAUUUGAAUUUAUCUCACCUUUAAUUUUACAUCUCUAUUUGUAUUGAUCAAGUGUAAAUCAAAUCCAGGAAGGAUCCUUGAGCAAAAAUUUGAUCCUAUUGACAAAAGGUUUACCAAGGAAGAGUUAAAUAGGAUGUCUCAAAGUAUGAAGGGUUUACUCUCAUGUUCUCAUCUUACACAGCAAGACAUUAUGAAGACAUUGGAUACUGAAGGCAAUACUUCUACUAAGAAAUGACUUAAGUGAAAUGAUUUAAAGCCAUUGUCGAUGUCUCAUUGAUCUACUUGUGACAAAUGAGUUUAUAAAUUAGACCAUCAUUGACCAUGGCUAAAUAGAUGUAUCGCACACAAUAACCUAAGAUUUUUCAUAUCUCUUUUGGUUUUUGGUACAACUGUGUGCUUUUGAAAUGGAGUUCUGAUUUUCACAAGCAGAUAUUCUGACUAUUACAGUGAAAAUCUUUGGAAGUGAAGGAUUUUGACCUACCUCAGCUUUUUAUCUACUUAUGGUCUAGCGCCUUAUACUCUUCUGGAGGUUUACAUUAAUGCUAAAGGAAGGACUUUUCUGGAACUCCUUGCUGGAAUUAAUAAGAAAAAAGCUAAGCCGAAGUUCAAGUAUGGUGAGAACUGGAGAGAGCAUUUUUAUCUCUUCCAAGGCACAUGGUGGCCAAUUCUAGGAAUUAUUUUCCCUUAUUUCCUUAAAUCACCAGUUACAGGAUUGGAGUAUAGCUUUGUUAAGAAUGAUAAUGAGCCUGAUAACUUUAUUGAGAAUACCUUUGAGCCUCUAUUUAGGGUCACUAAGAAGUCCAAUAAUCAGACUUAA